AUGGUGGCAUUAUUGGUCUUGCUGCUGACUCGACUUCCUCAUACAACAGGCAAAUCUCCCAUUGUUAAAUGCCAUGUCCAUGAUCCAUACACUCCACUUCAUCAACAUCAUCAGGAAGGAGACCUCAUCAUUGGAGGCAUAGCCUCUCACAGCAUCAUCAUCUCCAUUUCAAUAGCUUUCACCGAAAAACCCCCACCAACAUUGCUGGAAGAACUAAGUGUGGUGCCAAAGAAUUACCAGCACAUCCUGGCCUUGAAAUUUGCAGUGAAGGAGAUCAACGAAAACCCUCAGCUGUUACCCAAUGUCACUUUAGGCUUCUGCAUCUAUGACAGUUAUUUCAAUGCCAAAUGGACCUCUCAUGCCACAAUGUUACUCCUAUCCACUCUGAAAACAUUUGUCCCCAACUACAUCUGUGACAUCAAGAAAAACUUGAUAGCCGUCAUUGGAGGACUGGACCCCCAAACUUCCCUCCAUGUGGCAACAAUCUUGGAUAUCUAUAAGGUUCCACAGAGUGGCAUCUGUUUUGCCUUCAUAGAAAGAAAACUGGAACAAAGUUCAAAUAAGCCAAAAGGUAAAGUGUGGAUUAUGACAGCCCAGGUGGAGCUCACUUCUUUUGUCUUUCAACGGACUUGGGAUACCGAAAUACUCCAUGGGGUUCUGUCAUUCACAACUCACUCAAAUGAUCCACCAGGAUUUCAUCAAUUUGUCCAGAGCAAAACCCCUUCCAGCCCAAAAGGAGAUGGCUUUAUUUUGGACUUCUGGCAACAGGCAUUUGGCUGUGUGUUUCCAAAUCAAGUUGUUGGCAGUGUGAAGGGGGAUAUUUGCACUGGGCAAGAGAAGCUGGAGAAUCUUCCUAGUCCCUUCUUUGAAAUGACUAUGACCAGCCACAGUUACAACAUCUACAAUGCUGUCUAUGCUGUGGCCCAUGCUUUACAUGCCAUGUCUAUAUCCCGAGUGAAACACAGACCGGUAAUUAUCAAUGGAGGAAUGAAGUUUCAGAAUCAACCGCUGUGGCAGCUCCAUCAUUUUCUGAGGGGUAUCUCAUUUAACAACAGUGCUGGGGAUAAGAUUUCCUUGGACCAGAAUGGGGAGAUACUAGCUGGAUUUGACAUUACCAAUUGGAUUGUUUCCUCCAACCAAUCCUUUCAGAGAGUGAAGGUAGGAUGGGUGAAUUCCAUGGCUCCUCCACAGCAAGCGCUGACCAUCAAUGAGGGAGCCAUAAAAUGGCACCAUUGGUUUAACCAGACACAGCCUAUCUCUGUAUGUACUGAGAGCUGCCACCCUGGUUUUUGCAGGAAGGUGAAGGAGGGGGAAGCAUUUUGCUGCUACGAUUGCAUCCCAUGUCCAGAAGGGAAGAUAUCAGACCAGGAGGACAUGAAUGACUGCAAUGAAUGUGAAGAUGAAAAGUAUCCAAACAAACAUAAGAAUAUAUGUAUUGCCAAGCAUACAACUUUCUUGUCCUUUGAAGAACCUUUAGGCCUCAGCUUAGCCUGUUCGGCUCUUUCCUUAGCUCUCAUUACAGCACUGGUACUGGAAAUAUUUGUGAAGCACAGGGACACUCCCGUUGUGAAAGCUAACAACCGGGACCUCACCUACUCACUGCUCAUCUCCCUCUUGCUUUGCUUCCUUUCUGCAUUACUGUUCAUCGGAUACCCGAACAAGGUGACAUGUCUCCUCCGACAAACUGUUUUUGGCAUCAUCUUCUCAGUGGCUGUUUCUUGUGUGUUGGCAAAAACCAUCACUGUGGUUCUGGCUUUCAUGGCCACAAAACCAGGAUCCAGGAUGAGGAAGUGGGUGGGGAAGGGACUGGCGAACUCUAUUGUCCUCUCCUGCUCCCUUAUCCAGGCAGUCAUCUGCACUCUAUGGCUGGUGAUCUCUCCUCCAUUCCCGAAUGUUGAUAUGAAAUCAAUGGCUGAAGAAAUUGUACUGGAGUGCAAUGAGGGGACAGUGACCUUCUUUUACCUUGUCUUGGGCUACAUGGGCUUCCUAGCUUUGGUCAGUUUCACUGUGGCUUUCCUUGCCCGGAAAUUACCUGACAGUUUCAACGAAGCCAAGUUCAUCACUUUCAGCAUGUUGGUCUUUUGCAGUGUUUGGUUAUCCUUUGUUCCUGCCUACCUGAGCUCAAAGGGGAAAUACAUGGUGGCUGUGGAGAUCUUCUCUAUCUUAGCCUCCAGUGCUGGGUUGUUGGGUUGCAUCUUUUCCCCAAAAUGUUACAUUAUUUUGCUAAGGCCUGAGCUGAACAAUAGGGAGCACCUAAUAAGAAGAAAAUGA